AUGGAGGAGGCUGAGUUUGAAGUUCCCCAGGUGAACCCUCAGGUGGCAUUGCUUGCGGAGGCGUUGCAGGCACUGAUCAAUAACACAGCAGGGGUUGGCGGUGCACAAGCUCAUCCACCCCGACAUUUUCAUACUCCCCAAAGCGAGGCCCAAUUCAUCAAGGAUUUCAAGCGUUACGGACCCCCUACCUUUGACGGGGGAAGUGAGAGAGCGACAGCAGCAGAAUGGUGGGUCAGAGAGUUAGAAGCCCUUUACGCGUACCUAGGUUGCGAGGACCAAUUCAAGGUUAAGGGUGUGGUUUUUAUGUUGAGGGGUGAGGCCCUGAAUUGGUGGGACUCAAUAGCAGUGGCAGAAGAUCAUGCUAAUGUACCAGUUCCGUGGGCAAGGUUCAAGGACUUAUUGUACGACUACUAUUACCCGGAGACUGUGAAAGAUACGAAGGAGGCAGAAUUCCUCCAUCUCGCCCAAGGAACCUUAACGGUAGCACAAUAUGAAAGGAAGUUUACGGAACUCUCCCGUUUUGCUCUAGAAUUCAUUCCUACUGAGGCAAUAAAGAUCAAGAGGUUCGUUAAAGGCUUGCGCAAGGGGAUCAGAGGACCAGUGGACCUUUAG